AGUCAGGUGACUAAUUCAGGGGCUAUAGUUCUACAGGGUAAAAUGUGUUUUUAUUCACCUUCUGCCCCCUGUUUUAAUUUAUUUUCAUUAGUCAUGACCUAUCCAACCCAUACUGUGAAAAAUUUCUAGUUCCUUAAUUAAAUACUUGUUAUGUCAUUCACCGCGUUGUCAUACGUUAAUUAGAUUAUCGUGGAGCUUUACUUUAGUACAAUGAUUGCAUUACUUUUAAGGAAAUAAUUAGUUUCUUCUCACUUUCUAUUAUUUUUUCUGAAUUCUGCUUGUUCUUUUAAAACGUCAGUUCACUGAAAUAAGAUUCUGAAGAAAAGUAUUUUGAAGGCAGUUUCCAACAAUAAGAAAUGGUUUUAGCAGAUAUUUACAGCUUUAUCAAAAGUAACGAAAACUUACUAGAAACUAAACAUUUAGUUAAACAUCCUAUAUACGGAGUUUAUAUAAUAAUCACAUACCUAUUUCUGGUGAAACUGAUUAUUCCGAAGAUAAUGAAAGAAAGAAAACCUUAUGACAUGAGAUGGGUUGUAGUAACAUACAAUUUACUGCUAUCUAUUUUGAAUGGAAUUAUAGCCUUUUAUAAUAUCAAGUAUCUUGUAGCUACAUGGAAAGUAAGAUGUGAGAUGAGAGCUUCCAAAGAAAUCUACGAUCAUUACAUACAAUUAGUUCAUUGCACUUGGUAUGCAUGGUUAACGAAAUACCUGGAACUUCUGGAUACGAUAUUCUUUGCAUUACGAAAGAAAGAUAAUCAAAUCUCUUUGCUUCAUUUGUUCCACCAUUCGUUUAUAGUUCUUGUAUGGUUAUAUCAGUAUCAUCAACCAUAUGUCCCGUACUACGCCUUCGUUGCAUGCGGUAUUAACUUGUCAAUUCAUGUCGUAAUGUAUUUAUAUUACGGAUUAGCUGCCUUCGGUCCUCACAUGCGAAAGUAUUUAUGGUGGAAAAAGUAUUUAACUCUCCUGCAGAUAAUGCAGUUUAUCAUUAUCUUAGGCUUUGCAACGUUUGGGUUUUUAACUGGAUGUGAACAUGCAAACAACGGUGAAAUAAUUCUUUUUGCAUUUGUAACUGUAGUUCUAAUAUUAUUUCUAGAUUUUUAUAGAAAGUCAUAUCAUAACAAAGUUACUGACAAAAGAGCAAAUGGAGUCAAAGUUUCAUAGCUACAAGAAAGGAGCACUAUUUUCUUUUAAUGAUAAUAAUAAUAAUAGAAGUAAUGAGUCGAAAUUCUUUUCUUUUUAGAUUUUAUGAAACUUGAGAUAAUGAGCCGGGAAAUUU